GGCGGCCGCGCGCUGGCGCUCAGAGCCUCCGCGGCGCCCUGGGAACUGGGAACGCAGUUAGAGCCGGUCUCCGCGGCCCCAGGUCUCGGCGCCCGAGGUCUCGGCGCCCCAGGUCUCGGCGCCCACCAUGCGGCUGAGUCCUGGCCUGCUGUUGCUCCUCCUCAGUGGCCUGCAAGCUGUUAUUCAAGCAGAGGAAGUCAGGGCCAUGGUGGGCAGUGACGUCAAACUCAGCUGCGUCUACCCGGGAACAGAUCGUUUCGACCUAGACGACCUGUUUGUCUACUGGCAAGUCAGCGAGUCAAACGCAGUGGUGACCUACUACCUCCCCGGGAACAGCUCCACAGGCCUCGAGGACAGCCACUACAAGAACAGGGCACACCUGUCACUGGACAGCAUGCAGCAGGGGGACUUCUCCCUGCACCUGCGCAAUGUCACCCCCCAGGACGAGCAGAAGUUCAACUGCCUGGUGUUUAGGAAAUCCUUAGAGCUAGGAAGGAUCUUGGAAGCCGUGGUCACACUGCACGUGGCAGCCAACUACAGCAUGCCAGUGGUCAGCACGCCCAGCCGUCCCUCUGCAGAGCAGGAGCUCACCUUCACCUGCGUGUCUACAGACGGCUACCCGAGGCCCAGCGUGUACUGGAUCAACAAGACGGACAACAGCCAGCUGGACAAGGCCCUGCAUAACGACACGGUCUCCCUGAACCAGCGGGGCUUGUACGAUGUGGUCAGCGUCCUGAGGGUCCCUUGGGCGCCCAGCGUGAACGUCGGCUGCUGCAUAGAGAAUGCGCUUCUGCACCAGAACCUCACGGGGACAGAGACCUUCAUUGGACCUGAAGCCAUGGUGACAGACAGCCCAGCGCGUCCCCAACAGGAGGGGAGUGCGGCCGUCGUCAGCACCCUUGCCAUCCUGCUGGUGAUGGUGAUCGUGGCUGUGGCCACAGGCUGCCUGUGCAGAACCAGGUGUCCCCGUCGCAGCUAUACAGGUGCAAGGUUCGUGCAGUAGGAGGAAGAGCCCACAGACCAUGUUUGACAGGAACUCACUGCCCAGGACGGGGACAGGGUUUCUAUGAAGUGCCACUGGGUGGACAUCAUACACAGCUUGGUGACAAAGGGGACAGUGAGCCACCUGCCCAUGUUGUCUGCCAGGACAGGAUCCACCUGGCCAGGAGGGGCCCAAGAGGCUGACCCUGGGGAGAAGCCUCAGACACUGCCCCACCCAGAGCGAGGUCCUUCCCAACAGGGCAGCAGCACUGGCACACAGUGCCCAGGAGCCCGCUGAGCCUCUGCGCUUCAGCACCAGGCUCCUCCCAAACCAGGAACCAGGCACAGGCCUCGCGGGGCACAGGGGUUCCUGAGAGCCAAGGAAGGGCGUUUGGUUUGGAAGGAGGAACGCGUACCUGCCCUUACAGGAUGACCUCUGUGACCGCGGGAGCAUUGAGGGUGUUUGCAGGAGACCUGACCCAGGGCCUACCAGCUGCUGCCCUGCCAGGAGCUCCCGUGUAGUGUGCGUGUGUGUGUGCACACCUGUGUGCGUACGUGCGGGAAGUGGCCAUGCCGGAAGCCCCAGGAGACCCGCUGGACUUCGCUCUCCUCUGGGACCCCUGCGGAAAGAACACUGGAUCUUGCCUGUUUUGUCAAAGGCGCCAUCGUCCUCCUCAAGAGACACGAAGGUGGUGUGCUCCAGAGCCUCCUGGACCUGCCGCUACGCUGGGUACAGGGACCUGUCCCUCUCCCCUCCCCACUCAGCACUAAAAACACACGAGCAGCCGAGGUGGGCGGCACCCCAGUGACCAUCAGAGUCCUGCAGGACUGCCCAGUGGAGGCUGAGGUCCCCUGCCGGCCACGAGGUCUGUCACAUUCCAGCAGCAGUUCCCUCAGAGUCCCCCCGCCUCCCUGCAGGACUCCACAGUGUGAGGCCUCCUGUCCAGUGCCAGUUUCUGCAGCCCGACAGGCCACUCCAUGACAGGCAUCAGCCCUGACCAAGCCUCCCAGGGCGGCCUCUGUGUGCUGGUCCAGAAUGGAUACAGCAGGCCGCUGUUUCCAGGGGGCCUGGGGGCACACCUGCGUGUGUGUGUGUGUGCGCACUUCCAGGUGAACCAGGCGUGCACCAUCCCCUGAGACACAGGUCUGACCCCUGGCUGUGGGCGAACGCCCGCCCUCCUCCUGCCCAGAGCCCCCCAACAGCCCCCGUGGUCAGGGCCUGUGUGUCACAUCCACAGUCGCUGGGUGCUAACAGGUGUUUGAGGGGUGCACUUCUCACCCAGGCAGAACAAGGCCUCACACUUGUGAGAACUAGUGUUUUUCUGUCCCCACCCCACCCCCUGGUGCUCACAGGCUUGUCACAGAGCAUGGUGACGGAGCCACCCACACUUCAGCAGGAGCAUUAGGGAGUGUGUCCACUGUGAACGAAUAAGGAAGCCGGGUGGGACACCUUGAGCUCCGUGACUCGGGGGCUGAAGCAGGAGGACCCCACGUUCCAGGCCAGCAACUUAGUGAGACCCUCUCUCAAAAUGAAAUUAAAACGGGCUGCGGUGCAGCUCGGGGCAGAGCACCUGCCCAGUAUUGCAAAAA